AUGAGCAUUCUAUUACUCCCUGCCGUUGCCAGGAAUCGAACCUGGGCUAGCGCGGCCACAACGCGAUGUACUGCCACUAUACGACAACGGCCUGAAUCACUUUCCGUCUCUCAAAGACCUCCUCAUUGGACACUAAGACACACGACGAGUUUCGAAUUUUAA